GAAACACCAGAAGGAAACUUAAACCUCUGCAACUCUGAUUUUGAUUUGACUAUUCCGAUAAAUAAAAAAGUAUCUUCAUAUUUCUUUAAUCUUCGUCUUCUCCCUCGUCUCAACUCCCAAACCCGCCAUGACUUCCUUGCAGAGAAGUGUAUCGGGUUCAUCUCAGAGCCCUAGAUCUCCGUCUUCGCAGCCUUACCUUUCAGUCUCGGUCACUGAUCCAGUCAAAUUGGGCAAUGGAGUCCAGGCCUAUAUAUCCUACCGAGUCAUUACCAAGACAAAUUUACAGGAAUAUCAAGGGCCGGAGAAGAUCGUUAUCCGGCGUUAUAGUGAUUUCGUUUGGUUGCGUGAUCGUCUUUUUGAGAAGUACAAGGGAAUAUUCAUUCCUCCUCUUCCUGAGAAAAGUGCUGUAGAGAAGUUUCGUUUCAGUGCUGAGUUUAUUGAAUUGAGGCGCCAAGGCUUGGAUAUAUUCAUCAAUCGAAUAGCCUCACACCAUGAACUUCAGCAAAGUGAUGAUCUUAGAACCUUCUUACAGGCAGAUGAAGAGACAAUGGAAAGGUUAAGAUCUCAAGACACUGGGAUCUUUAAGAAGAAGCCAGCUGAUUUUUUGCAAAUCAUUAAGGAUGUACAAACUAAAAUGAGUGAUGUAGUUCUUGGGAAGGAGAAGCCAGUGGAAGAGUCAAACACUGAGUAUGAGAAGUUGAAACAUUAUAUCUUUGAGCUUGAAAAUCAUGUGGCCGAAGCACAGAAGCAUGCAUACCGUCUUGUAAAGAGACAUCGAGAGUACGGGCAAUCUCUGUCAGAAUUAGGAAAGGCAUUCAAGCUUUUGGGUGCAUGCGAAGGUAAAGAUGUUGGAAAGGCAUUUUCUGAGCUUGGUGUGAAAUCAGAAGCAAUAUCAGUCAAGCUGCAAAAGGAGGCUCACCAUCUGUUAAUGAAUUUUGAAGAACCCUUGAAAGAUUAUGUUCGUGCUGUACAAUCUAUUAAGGCCACAAUUGCUGAGAGAGCGAAUGCCUUCAGGCAACACUGUGAACUUGCAGAAACAAUUAGGUUGAAGGAGAUAGCUUUGGACAAACUUAUGCUUACACGAUCUGAGAGGGUUGGAGAAGCUGAGCACGAGUACAAGGAGUUAAAGGCUGCCAGUGAGGAAGCAACAAGAAGAUACGAGACAAUUGUGCGAAGAAUGAAUGAAGAGAUGGUGCGGUUUCAGGAUGAGAAGACAAACGACAUAGGGAUUGCUUUCCAUGAAUUUGCCAAAGGACAGGCACGUCUGGCAAAUGGCUUUGCUGAUGCUUGGCGAAGUCUCCUUCCCAAACUUGAUGCAUGUUCUCCUGACACCUCUUAGUCAAUGAAGUAGGAAAGUUCUUCCACUUGCGCUGUUGAGAAGAAUGGCGAGGCAGGCUCAUGAUCUGCAGACAUUUGGGUAUUCAGGAAUCAGGAGUAUUGUUAUGCUAUUACGAUGUUGUAUGAAUGGGGGUUUCUUUUUAUGUUAUUUUUUCCUUCUUUAAUUUAUUUUACUUGUACAAAUUCAAAUUUAGGUGAUAGCUGAGUUUAUGUUUUAAAGAUAAUAUUAUGCGGAGUAAACAGCCAAUAAAACUCAAAAUAUGUGUAUCUCACACAUUCAUUUUUCCAUUUCAAUAUACAGCAUCUUAACUUAA